AUGGAAAAUAUGCAAAUUGAUUUAGAAGAACACGAAAUCUUCACACGACAAUCUUUUGAAAACCAUAAAGCUUUUAUGAGCCAGCUCUCAACACUGCUGGAUUUUUUAAAAGGUUUACAAUUGAGUCCGGAAUUGAAUUCGGAAUUGAAUUCGUUACUGGAAAGGUUCAUAGGAAAUUUGCAAGAGCCUCUAGAACAUCAAAAACUAUUAUUACAGCAUGAGGAAUUUUUACAGGCACAACAAGAACAAGAACAGCAACCUUCGUCAUUUCAAAAUCAAUUAACGAAGGUACAACAAUUAAAUCAGUUAUAUGAAUUGUCACAACAAUUGCAACAAUACGUAAAACAGUUCCAACAACAAUUACAAUAUUUGCCUCUACUUAAUCGCCAAGAACUCUUACAAAAUCAGCUAUCGCUUUUAGAUUUACUUCAACGGCUCGCAACAGAGUACCAAAAUUUAUUAACGUCAGAUUAUAAACAUAUUCAACAUCAACAAAAUGUGAUGGAAAGCUUAAACCAGUUUCAAACUAGCAUACGAGAAUAUCGUGAAUACUUAAUUGGACAUCAACAAAUUUUGCAACACAAACAAGAUUUACUGCAAAAACCCGUGCACGAUUCGAUUGUAAAAUUAUGUCUCGAUUUUGGUAAUAAAUGUAUAAUUAGUAAAGAAGUUUACAAUCAAAUUCUCUUAAACUAUCAAAGAUCAGGUCUUCUAACAACGAUUUCCCCCAAGAUUGAUGAUAAUCAUAUGAAUAAUAAUAAUUCUGAGCCAUCAGACGCAUUAGAAAAUAAAUGCAUAGAACUUGAAAAAAAGUGCGAAGAAUUACAGAGUAAUAUUUAUGAUUUAGAAAGUAAAAAUAAUGAGUCCAUUAAAUUAUAUUUAGAUCAAAUAGAAGAACUGAAAGGGGAUUAUAGCGCAUUACAUGCAAAAUACAUUGAAUUAGGAAUACAAAACAAAGAAUUAGAAGAGUCGAAGAAUUCUAUAUGGAAUAAUAUUAAUAAUAUUUUUGGUAAGCCUAAUAAGUCCAAAAAAUCAACAAAAAAUUCCGAAAGGCUCGAAUUUCAAAAUCUCAACAACAUUCAUAAAAAGCCUGAAAUUAACAUUAAUAAUCAAGAUCUUCAAAUAAAAAAUCGAAAUCUUGAAGAAAUUUGUAAAAAUCUUCAAAUAAAUCAUCAAACCCUCCAAACCAAUAAUCAAAAACUUGAUACAAAAUGUCGAACUCUCGAAAAAAAUCAUCAAACCCUCCAAACCAAUAAUCAAAAACUUGAUACAAAAUGUCGAACUCUCGAAAAAAAUCAUCAAACCCUUAAAACGAAUUAUGACAACCUUCAAAUAAAAUACCAAAAUCUCGAAAAUGAUUAUCGAACUCUUGAAUCAAAGUUCAAAAAUCAUGAUAAGAGUAUGUCAACGAAUUUAAAAUUAAUAAACGAUUUAACAAAAACUAACGAAGAUUUAAAGAAAGAGGCUACCAAAUAUCAAUCUGCUUUAGGCGAUGCUACAAGUUUUCAUUUAGGAAAUCAAGAUUCUGAUAGCGCUGGUCAACUUUCAAAAGAUAUUCUUGAUUUACAUAAUAUUUUAGAUAAGUUUUGUGGUCUUAAAAAAGUUGCCAUUAUUAAUGAGUCUGAAAUAAAUAAACUAUUACUACAAUAUGGUUGUUCAAUUUCCGGUGGUGUGAAAAAAAAUAAAAAUCUUAUUUCUGGCUUAUUAGAACGUACUGUGAUCGAGACCAUUAUCAACAAAUCCAGUGAAUACUUGGAACUUCAAGAACACGAAGGAGGAAUCGAAUGGGGUGAUCAAAAUUUGGAAAUGAAAAUAGUUAAUACAACAGAACAGUUGUUGAGUUUGACUAAAUCAAUUCCAGAAUAUCGUACAGGAACGGAUGCAGUUAGCAAAGCUAUUUCGACAAAAUUACGUCAACAAAUUUACGGUGUUCUCGGGAAUCGUGGAUUGUCUAAUAUAGGUGAUAAAGAGCAUCCUUUAAUUGUAAAAUUAAAAUCUGAAAUAAAUGACUUAAUGAAUCGUUAUCGAACAAUUACAAAUGAAGAAAAACUAUCAGAGAAUGAAGCUAUGAUUAAUACUAUAAUCAGACAAGUAAUUAAUAUAUUUUUGUUUAGAUUAAAAGUACAAGAACCUGUUGCAGAAUGGAAAUUCUUUGAAAACAAGUCAAGUAUUAAUACAAUUAUGAUGGAGGCUUCUUGGGACAGUGGAGAUUUAGAAGAGAUAUAUGUCGAUGCUUGUGCGUUUCCGGUUAUUGGUUCUAAUCUUUGUGAUGCUAAUAAGGAGGAUAAAAAUAUGAAA